UUUUCAUUUUAAUAGUGUCAUGUUUUAAUUAAUUUCGAGUUUAAAGUAAAGAAAACACUCUUUUACUGGAAGAUAAACCUAAAAAGCUAAUAAAAUAUUAGAAUGACAAAUAACUUAAAAACUAAGGAACUUAAAAGUGGAGAAAUAAUCGCAUAUAGUGAAUAUGCAAUACGAAAUAAUGCAUCGGCAGUAGAUUAUUGCAAAACUUCCUUGUGCGCUUUAUCAGGAUGUUGUGCAGGAAUUUUGGGACUGACUGGAAUAAUUGGAUUUUUAUUUUAUAUUUUAUCGGCCCUGGGCUUAUGGGGUUUAAUUUUAUUGAAAUCAGGCUCAACAUGGCAAAAAUAUUUCGUUAGCAGACGAAACUUACUUACGAAUGGAUUUUUAGGAGGAUUAUGUACAUAUGUUUUAUUUUGGACAUUUUUAUAUGGGAUGGUACAUGUUUAUUGAAAAGUAGUAAUGCUUCAAACAAGCAGUUCCAAAACAAAAAUUUAUAGUAUAUGGUUUUCUUAAAAAUAUAAAAAUCAAGAAAAAAAAUGCUUGGAAAACAAAUAUGUAUGUAUUUAUGUUGUAAAAUGUUUAAAUCGAAUUGAAGUGGAAUGAAAAAUGAAAAUUAAGCACA